GCCGCAGCUCCGCCAGCCAACUUUUCCUCCUCUACAUCUGCCGCAGGCAGCAGGAACUGCACUCCGGUAAAAAUGGAAAUCCCGCCGACCCACUAUGCAGCCGCCAGAGCGGCCUCUGUGGCAGAAAACUGCAUCAACUACCAGCAGGGGACCCCCCAUAAGGUGUUUCUGGUGCAGAGGGUGGAACAGGCCAGCAAGGAGGAUAUUCCAGGAAGUGGACAGAAGUAUUACCUUAAAUUUUCUGUGGAAGAAACUAUCCAAAAACAAAUUACAGUGAACUGCACAGCUGAAGUUCUUUACCCACCAAUGGGACAAAAUACUGCACCAGAAGUCAACUUUACAUUUGAAGGAGAAAUUGGCAAGAACCCUGAUGAAGAAGAUAACACAUUUUAUCAAAGACUCAAAUCCACAAAGGAACCACUAGAAGCACAAAAUAUUCCAGACAAUUUUGGAAAUGUAUCUCCACAAAUGAAACCAGUGCAACACUUAGCCUGGGUUGCCUGUGGUUAUAUAAUAUGGCAGAAUUCAACUGAAAACACAUGGUAUAAAAUGGCGAAAAUUCAAACUGUCAAGCAAGUGCAAAGAAAUGAUGACUUUAUUGAGUUAGACUAUACCAUUCUACUUCAUGACAUUGCAUCACAGGAGGUUAUUCCUUGGCAAAUGCAAGUUCUUUGGCAUCCACAAUAUGGUACAAAAGUAAAGCAUAAUAGCCGUCUCGCAAAGGAAGUACAACCUGAAUAAACAAAGACCUUAACACUGAGAUGAAAUGUAAACAUUCCUGUUAAUGUGUAGGCUAGUCCUCAUUGGAAUCUAAAAGACCAAACAAAUCCCAAAGUGUCACUUUGUAUCAUGUCUUAAUUACAGUACAGAAAUAAGUGUUACUACUUAAAAAUGAAUUUAUAACAGUAAUAGUGUUAUGCAUAUCCCAUAAUAAAAAGUUUCAAUUUCAUCCAUGUAAUUA